AUAGGUAGAUUGAAAACCUCUAGCCACUGUGGCUCUCCAGGGUCGGAGUUGGCCACCCUGUUAUAUAUGUUAUAAUUUUUUUAUGUUAUAUUUUUUAAACAGAUUUUCAAACACCCAUUCUGGAUGUGAGGCCCAAUGUCAUUUCAUGGAGGAGCAGCCAUUACAAUGUAAGCUGCAAUACAGGUGACACCAAUGUAGGUGUUACUUGUCAGAUCUACAGAGAGAAAGACGAGACGCCAAUGCAACCUUCUACUGGUCAAUGUAUGCUGGUCUUGAACAAGGAGCAGAUCCUGAAGGGAAUAAAGGCGGAACGUGGAGAUUAUCUUAUCUUCACUUGUGAUUAUACAAACGGCUUUCACCGCUCCCCACGUAGCAAAGGAGUUAAGCUUUUGGUGUCAGAAAUAGGUCAAAUCAAAAAGCCUCAGAUUUCCAUGCGUCAAUCCAUUUUUAAGACAGAAAAUGAUGUUCUUGUUCAGUGCCUAGGCACUCACUUUGAUAGAAUUGAGCAAUGUAAAUUCUACAACAAUUGGAAGAGUGAGCCUUUUAUUACCCAGCCCUAUGAUGACAAGCAAAAACUGUGCAUCAUCAAGGUAAAUCUGAGACGCCUUGAAAGUCGUCAAAGUAGUGAAAACAUUUGUGUCACCUGGUUGAGCUGCGACAUUGAUGUUAUUGUGAAUGAAAAGAAGAUUACAUCACCACGCAGCGAGAUGGAGAAAGUUGAAAUAGAAAGCACAGGUUAUUUGGGAAUGCCCCAGCUUAAUGUGACUCCUGCAGUUUUUCAGAGUGAUGAAACAACUGAGAUGACCUGCAAUAUGCCCAGUUUUCAUGACCAGGCUCAAUGCAACUAUUAUAAAAAUAAUGAAUCCAAGCCAUUUAGGACAGUGGCAGCCAAAGCAAACCGCUGCCUGUUGUCUGUGAGUGGAAAAGAGCUACUAGAAGACAAGGUUGAUACAGCAAAGAGUGAGCUUGAAAUAUGCUGUGAUUACAUGGAGAGCAAGAGUAGUACUACAGUAUCACUGUUCAGCAACUCUGUCACAGUGGUUGUUUUGAUGCUUCCAAAACCAAAAAUCUCCUUUCAGAGUAAAACAAAAUUGUUCAUUCACUGUGAUGCCCCUCCCAGUCUUAGGGGGACUGUGUUCUACUUGUACCAAAACGGGACUGAAAAGCCUACUGCUACAGUGAGUGCAUUGGAGACGGAUCAUUCAGUGAUUUUUGAAAUUCCAAGAAAUGGCAGCAGAGCAUCACUUGUAUACUCCUGUGUAUAUGAAUACCAAGGUUACAGAUCUGCAAUCAGUGACCACAAAGUGUUUAAUGAGUAUGAAGAUUACCAAGAGGAAUUUAUAUCAAGUGUUACUCUGGAGUUCCUUAUCCGAGUCAUCAUCGUCGGUAUCUACUUCUUCUUGAUGGGGCUCCUACUGGCCUGUUCUCACCACAAAUCCAGCAAAAACAGGUGGAGGCAACAAAGGGAGUGGCAACAGCUUCAAAGGCUUCCUCAAUCCAAACCCACAAAAAAGUCUUCUCUUCGAGCAGGUGACAAGGAAUUGGACCCAGUUGCUUUAAAAGAAUCUGAGUUGGACCUGUGAUCAAGGCGAGGGGCUGCUGCUAACACAGUUUACAGAAGAACUGCAGAAAGUGUAUAAAAUUUAAAAGAAACUUCUUACUCAUCUCUGAUAUAUGUUUAAAAUUGAAUGCAGCAGUAAGAGAUCAACCACAAACUUAAAUAAGUAUGUGAAGCUAAACACUGCCUGAAACAGCCACAUACGGUGUUUGACAGUUAUCUGUGCGGUUACUUACAAGAACAAAAAAUAUCAGCAGCAUCCUACAUGCUCAGCACACACUUAAUCCACACAGGGGUAAGUUUGAUCAUGUGGUUUGUGGUAUUAAAUACAUUGGGUAAUUUGAAAAUACAUA